AUGAGUAUGAGAAACACCAAAGAAACAGAAAGAGAGGCAGAGGAUAGUGACCAGGAAAUUAACCCUUGCACUGUGCUAUUAGUUCAAGAACACGAAGAAGGAAAACCGGAGGCCAUAGAUGAUCUGGUGCUACACCAUCAUCAACAGACAUUUAACCUCGAGUCUAUAAAGUCAGCGGUGGUGAUCAGACAGCUGCCGUCUCAGGGCCUGUCCUUCCAGCUCUGGCCAGCUGCCACCGCCUUUGUUUCCCUCCUUGAUCGUCAUGACCGCAGCUCCACUACCCUCUCCAGUCUGCUUAACCGCCCUCAUUUGGGGCCACUUCGCAUUUUGGAGCUCGGGUCUGGCACUGGCCUGGUUGGAAUAGCGGCUGCUGCCAUACUUGGCGCUCACGUGACUGUCACUGAUCUUUCUCACGUAAUACCUAAUCUCAAAUUCAAUGCUGAAGCAAACAUGAAUGCAGUGGGGCUCAACGGAGGGAAAGUGGAGGUGGCUGCGCUAGGGUGGGGAGUGGAGAAGGAGAUGGAAGCCAUUAAAGAGAAUGAUGAGUAUGAUGUCAUAAUGGGGUCUGAUGUAGUGUAUCAUGAUCACCUCUACAAUCCUUUGCUGCAGACUUUGAAAUACUUUUUGUUGGGUGACCGAACAAAGAAGGAAAUGGUGUUUGUGAUGUCUCAUUUGAAGCGGUGGAAGAAAGAAAGUGUAUUUUUCAAGAAAGCCAAGAAGGAUUUUGAUGUAGAGGUUAUUCACAAACAUGAUCCUUGUGAUGGAUCCAGAGUUGGUGUUCUUUUGUACACUUUUGUUGCGAAGAACAAGAAGAAGAAAGUUGAGGUUGCAGAAAGCCAAUAACAACAAAUCGAGCCAACUAGUUUUACACAAUUUUCCAAACACUGCAAAUUUGAAUUGAUUUUAAGAAUCGUAUACAUCCAAGUACUGUCUUUUACCUGGCAUACCCAUUCUCCAUAUAUAGUAAAUUAAAAUCCUUCUAUAAA